GAAGAGUGGUUUGGGAUUGAACCACGUGCUAUACUGGAUGGUGAUAAUGGCUGGAAGAGGCGGCGCUGAGCACCGGUAGAUAGUGUCGGAUAAAAAGGACGAGCCGGUUAAAAGAACCAUAAAAGUGAAGUUUUGUCGGGGCUUUUUAAAAACAACAACAACUAAAGUUUUACAGGUGCCAUCAUCAGCAGUUGCAGUGCCGCCCCCGCUCGUUCUCUGCCGUUUUAUUUUCGUUGUGUUCGUGUGUUUGUGUGCGAGUGCCUGAACGAGCGUGUGUCCGAGUGUGGGGAGUUAGGUCGUGCUCUUUAUAAUGGGUGACAUCAGUGAUCUGGACCGACAGAUUGACCAGCUGAGGAGGUGUGAGCUCAUCAAGGAGAAUGAGGUCAAAGCUCUCUGUGCCAAAGCCAGAGAGAUUCUCGUGGAGGAGAGCAAUGUACAGAGAGUGGAUUCUCCAGUAACAGUGUGUGGCGACAUUCACGGACAGUUCUACGAUUUAAAGGAGUUAUUCAGAGUCGGUGGUGACGUUCCAGAAACGAACUACCUCUUCAUGGGAGAUUUUGUGGACAGAGGUUUUUACAGCGUGGAGACUUUUCUCUUACUUCUAGCUCUUAAGGUCCGCUACCCAGACAGAAUCACCCUGAUCCGGGGCAACCACGAGUCGCGGCAGAUCACGCAAGUGUACGGGUUCUACGACGAGUGCCUGAGGAAGUACGGUUCAGUCACAGUGUGGAGAUACUGCACGGAGAUCUUUGACUACCUCUCCCUGUCGGCUAUCAUUGACGGCAAGAUUUUCUGUGUGCACGGUGGCCUUUCGCCUUCCAUUCAGACCUUAGACCAGAUCCGAACCAUCGACAGGAAACAGGAAGUGCCACACGACGGGCCCAUGUGUGACUUGUUAUGGUCAGACCCUGAAGAUACCACAGGCUGGGGAGUGAGUCCGAGAGGAGCGGGUUACUUGUUUGGCAGCGACGUCGUGACCCAGUUCAACAACGCAAACGACAUCGACAUGAUCUGCCGAGCUCACCAACUAGUCAUGGAAGGCUACAAGUGGCACUUCAAUGAAACGGUGCUUACUGUGUGGUCUGCGCCCAACUACUGCUACAGGUGUGGUAACGUAGCAGCCAUCCUGGAGCUGGACGAGCACCUGCAGAAAGAGUUCAUUAUAUUCGAAGCAGCGCCACAGGAAACAAGAGGCAUCCCUUCGAAAAAGCCAGUGGCCGACUACUUCUUGUGAUCCUGUGGCGACCUUAGAAAACAAAACGUGACCUUUUUUGCAGGAGGGGUUGUCUUGUGUCUACUUCUUACUUUAUCUUUUCCCUUUGCUGCCCAACUGUCUUAACUAUUUCCCUACUUUCUCACUUUUUUAUUGAUUUUUUUUUUUAUAUAUAUAAUUUUUUUUGUCCUUGAUAAGCAUCUAUAUUCUCACUCUCAGCUAGACAUUUCCACCUGGACUUUCACUCUGAGCCACAAAGACUAUUCUUACAUUCUAUUUCUUUAAACAGCUGUAAAGUCAGUGCUCUGUGUAAAACGCUGUAGCUGUAUGCAUUUCUAACAAUGUGAAUAGCACUAUGACGAGAGGAAAAUAAUCAUACAUCGUAACAUUAAACUUGGGUAUGCACAAGUAUUUUAUACUCUUCAUGCUGUUACUUUGUUUUUUAAAUGCAUACAGGCACGUGUUAAAGAUUAUGGGUCGUUUUACUUUGCCCCUCAGGUCCUAGUCUUACAGUAUUUGACUUUUGUGAAGGGAAAGCUCUAAAUCUGUAGUGAACAACCACACUGGAAAGAUUUGCAUUACAACCGAACUGUUUUAGGCAAUCUUCUUUUCCCCCCUGAAUGUUCUCUCAAUAGGUUAAAAAGUUGAUUUUUAUUAUUAUUUGUGACAAUAAACUGUACUUUUGUAUGAA